AUGCGCGCGAUUUCGUCCUUUUCGCUCGUAGGCACACCACCAGCAUCGCCCUUCCCCCACCACCUCCCCCGUUCGAAGAUUCGUUUGUGCUUGCUGGUUCCCGUGACUCGUCGCUCAGCCCAGCAGCAUACGUUAUCAAAGCCUUUCCUGCCCACGGGAGACGGUCACGUGCGCUUGACAAGGCACGGCCAAGGGCCACGGCUCAUUACGUCGGCCGUACGGCGAUACCAGCGGGCCUGCAUGGUGCCGUGGCCGUGCGACCAAUUCCUCGGCUGCCUCUCCCCCCAUGGGCUCUACCGUCAUCUCGGUGGGCUCAAGGGGAGGCCGUCGAGAGCGCAGGGGCAGGACAGUGACAGCGACAGUGCGUUGCAGCAACGGCUGGUCACGGGAUACGACGAUGACGGCAUGAUAUGGAACUGCCCCAUCGCCUCGCACCCUUCGGGCGAGCUGUCAAUGGCGGCGGUGGAGGGCAACGUGGCGUGCGAGGACGUGGCGAGAGUAGACGCGAACGUGCUGGGAACGUUCGUGGGCAUAUUCGACGGGCAUGGGGGCGCGCAGGCUGCCCGGUUCAGCGCGGAUCACCUGCUGCCCGACCUGCAAGGCGCGUUGGUGGACGAGUGCUGUGGGAGGGCGUCUGACAGUGCAUGUGCUGCCAGCACCGCCAGAGCCCUCUCCUCUGCUGCUGCUGCCGCUGCUGCUGCUCAUGCACAUGCAUCCUCCACCGCUGCCGUCCAUCACAGCUUCAAUCAGAUCGAAUCCAAUUUCCUGGAGAUCGUACGGUGCAAGUGGCGCCAGGUCCCGCAAUACGCAGCAGUAGGCACAUGCGCGAUUGUAGCCUUUGUCCCUCCGCAGGGGUCGGUUCUGGUAGUGGCUUCGCUAGGGGAUUCGCGUGCGGUGGUGGGGGUGAGGAGAGGGGUGAUGGGGGCGGUGCGACCGUUAGUGGUUUCGACGGAACACAACGCGAAUUCGGCGGAGGAGAGAGCAGCGGUGCAGCGAUUGCAUCCUGAGGAUAAGGGCAUUGUGGUGCAGAGGAGUGGAGUGUGGCGCGUGAAAGGGAUUAUUCAGGUGACUCGUUCCCUGGGCGACUUCUAUCUGAAGCACAACGAGUUUCAGCGCGACCCUCUCUACGCGCGAUUCCGCCUCGACCGCCCGCUGCGCCGCCCCGCGCUGCUGGCCGAGCCGGCAGUGGAGGUGCUGCAGCUGGCACCGGCCCACCGCUUCCUGGUGAUGGCCACGGACGGGCUGUGGGAGCAUGUCAGCGACUCAGAGGCUGUGAAGCUGGUUCACUCCAAACCCCGAUCGGGAGUAGCACGGCAGCUGGUGCGGCUGGCAAUAACACGUGCAGCGCGCAAGCUCGGCCUCUCCCUCCCAGAGCUGAAGAUGCUGGAUCCCAAGCAGCGGCGCAUGGUGCAUGAUGACAUCACCGUUGUUGUCCUCUUUCUUGACGCUCACCGGAGGGCGGAUGGGGGGAAGCCGGGGGGAGGGAGAGGGGGGGGAGGGGGGCCGGGGGCGGGAGGGGGGGAGGCGGGAGCGUGUGGGUUGGUGGGGGGAGGCAGGAGGCUGAGUGAGAAUGGGGAGGCGAGUGGGAGUGGGAAUGUUGGGGGAGGUGCUGGUGGUGCAGUUGGUGCUGGUGGUGGUGGUUCGGGUGAUGGGAGUGGGGGGUUCUUGGGAGUGGCAGGGGGGAUGACUCUUCGUAGCUAUGAAGAUGUUGACAUGCCCGUGUUCCCUCAACCAGGCCUUGAGAAGGAUUAG